CGCCACUCAUUCCAAAGUAACCAACCGCCGCCUGGCAGGAAGCCAUUUGUUCAGUCGAGAAAAAGAGGGAGGGGGCGUCGGUGUUUUGCGGACAGCUGACGUUCCCGUUUUAAGCGGCCAGUAGGUACACCAGAACUCUAAAAACAGGAAUAGCUCGGAUUCUCUGAAUGAACGUCCUAUUUCACGCGCUUGGCCACUCAUUCCCCAUCGCCGACUGUCACUUCAACUCAUCAGUUGCUUUUUCCCCACGGCGCACCAUGCGAGGGGAGUCGCACCCUGUGCCAUGCUAAACAACUCCCUGACUGUUCUGCUGGUUCUGAGCGGUGUCGCCGUACUUCUCCAGUUUUCCAACGGGUUGAGUGACGAAGACCUUCUGCUCCCUCCAAUCAACUCCACGAACAGAUUUUUGGCGAACUUGGAGGUGGACGUGCACUACGCCAAAAGAUCGGUGGAAGAGACCGAAGCCUCUUCGGAGACUUCGCCUCAGCCGCUGCCUCAGUGUAACGUCAGCGUGCAGAGGCUUUUCCCCACCUCACUCGUGGCGCGGUGGGGUAGCAACUUUGGGUUCCAGUGUGAUGUGCUCAUUUACACCACCAACAACCACGGCAGGGCUUUUUUCUCUGCCGCUUUCAACCGCGCCAUUUCACCUGUUGUUAUCGAACACCUUGGAGUUACCGGAGGACAGCAGGAAUUCAGACUGUGUGUUGGAUGUGGCAUGGCGAGAUAUAGGAGGUUUGGGCAGGGAAACUUGAGAGGGCAGCAGACUGGAGACCCCAUCAACUUCUGCUGUAUAGACUUCGGACUCGAUGAACUGAAGGGGGACAAGAGUUGGAGGUUGAACCGCAAACCCAUCGAGUCUACUCUCGUUGCCUGCUUCAUGACAUUAGUUAUUAUAGUGUGGAGCGUUGCUGCCCUCAUAUGGCCAGUGCCUAUUAUUGCAGGAUUUCUACCCAACGGAAUGGAACAGAGGCGCUCAAGAUAGAAAGGAGGAAUAGGUAGCCUACUAUCUGGCCAGGACAUCGUCGGAAAAUAUCCUUUAAUCCUGUGGUAGUUUACAACCAUGCGUUAUACUUUUGGUCAAAAAGUGCUGUAUGCUGUGUUUCCAAGUCAGUAAAAUUUGUUACUUUGUU